ACCUUGUGGUAUGUGUCUAAAAAGCAGCGGUCAUUUUCGUGUCUCUAAAUAAAAUGGAUAAGAUAUUGCGUCUUGUCUCUCAAACAACUUUUUGGAAAUGAGAUUUCAAUUGCUGAAUCAGUGUGAAACUGUCUUGGUCGAUAUAUUCAGUUAAUUGAUAUAGUAAAGUGGAAAACUGAGCAAUAGCGUUGCUCUGAAUAAUUGUCGAGUUAACUGCAUAUAUAAUUGAAAAGUACAAUAGGUUAUGCGUUCGAAAAUACCGAAUAGUAUUGAAGAAGUUGAGAAGUCGGUCUCAUCAUUUCAACCGCUUACUUUAUCUAAACAAACAAGUAACAGCUCUGUCGAUUCACCGAAUCCAACUCGAGAUCCACAUGUUAUGCAAGAAUUGAUCAAUAAUGUUGAAGAUGUUUAUUAUUCAAUGACAUUUGACUCUGGAAAAUAUGAAAUUGAAAAUAUUGCUGGACCAAAUUGUCGUGAAUUAUCCAAAUUAAAAUUGCGUCUUUUAGCAUUGGAUCGUCAAAAUAAAGCUGUAUCUAGACGUGUUUCUGAAUUGGUUCUAGAAAAACAUCCACAAUAUGAAGCGGAAUUGAAAGGUGUUUUAUCAUUACAAUCAGAUAACUGGGAAACAUUGUGCAUGUGUCGAGAAAUUAGAAACUCAUUAAAACAAGCUGACAAAACAUUGGUCUUAUCACGACUAAUUGUUUUACGUAAUCACCGUAGACAAUUAAGGCUAAAACAAACACUGAAUAUUUUAUUUCGACUGCGUAAUCUACAAAAUAAUGUUCACCGGCUUGAUACACUCAUUAAACAAGGUGACUUUUAUGAUGCUAUUCAACUACAUCGUGAAAGUCUUGUCCUUUUGGAAGAUUUCCGUUCAUACCGGUGUAUUGAAUCCAUACAUAGCAAGUUGAAAGCAUCAGAAUUACGUAUUGAUGAGAAAUUAGAUUCAGAAUUACAAAGAAGCUGCGAACAUUUUGACGAAAAAUCAUAUUCAACUGUUCAGCGUGCAUUUGAAUUACUAGGAAGUACUCAGACAACAUUUGCUCAAUUACAAAUGCAUUAUGUAGCAGCUAUACAACGUAAAUCAUUCUAUCUAGUUCAAUUUCAUGUGCAUUCAGCAUCUGAGCCAGAUACAUCAGGGAAUAAGAUAAUUUCUGAUCAUUCAUAUUCAGAAUUAUGUCAACAACUUCCACAUUGGACUUUACUACGAUGUUUGAGAUCGAUUUGUCAAAAUAUGUGGGAAAUUCUAUUAUGUUAUCAUCGUACAAUUCAAUGGCAUAAAAAUCGAGCGUCUGGCAAAAGUUCAUCCGAAACAUAUCCGUCUGUAUCUAGUCACACUAAACAUAAAUCAUUUACUUCAAAUUCUCUACUUAAUAAUUCCAAAUAUCAUAAACCGAAAUUAAAAGUUGACAAUAUUAAUCGUGAUGAUAUUGUUAUCACUACUGAAACUGAUCAAGACAGUAGUACGGUGACGAAAUCAUCCGUUAUCAUAAAUAAUGAUCAUGGUUGUGAUCCACAGUUGGCCAGACAAUGGCAUGAUUAUGUUACGUGUAAAUUAGAUUCUGGUCGGUCACGUAUAUGGUCAGAAAUCAUUUCACGUAUUGAACCAAUUUUAAAUGUUGUUAGUCAACUUGCCAGAGAUAUGACAUUUGAUCAGAUUGCGUCAUUAUUAUCUACUAUUAAUCAUUUUGUACAUAUAGGUGAAGAAUUUUGUGAAUGUUCACCGAAUGAACUACUGGAAGCUUUACGAAUUUCAAUCCAAAAAUAUUUUAAAGACUUUCAUCGAAAGCAUAUGGACCGACUUAAAAUGUUCUUAGAAAACGAAACGUGGAAAAUAUGUCCUGUCAAGCAUUCAUUUACUGUAAUGGAUCUUCAGGAAUUUAGAGCAGUAAAAGAUUUAUUUGAAAGUAAUACAGCUAACAACAAUAUUACUAAUAAUGGCAACGGUACUCAUGUUAAUAAAAGCAUUACAGUUAAUGGGUUGAGCAAAGUCUCAGAUAGCAAUAAUAAUAAUAAUAAUAAUAAUAAUAAUAAUAAUAAUAAUAAUAAUAAUUCAACAAUAACCGUUUCAAAACUACAAAAUAAACAGUUAUUCGCUUUCCCUUAUACCUUUGUGCAAUUCCCUGAGGAUCCCGAGAAUAGUAAUAUUAAUGAUAACAGUAAUAACAAUAAUGUUAGUGGCAAUAAUCAUCUUGGUCAAACUGAAACUAACUCCCCUAGUUUAAUGAAUUCAUCGUCAGCAUCAAACGAUAUUAUGGCUACACAAAGGUCAAAUACAAAGUUUUCUUCCAAUAAUACUGAUCAUAAUCAUGGUGAUAAUGAUAUUCAUAGUCAUGUUAAUGAUAAUGCCAAGUUGAUUACCAUUUCACAAAACAAUUUCUCUAAUGAUACAUCGUUUUCAAAUGAUCAUAGUGGGCCACUUUUAUCAACAACUACAUUAGAAGUUCUUCGUUUGAUCGGCCGUUACUUACAAAUGAUGAGACUUUUGAAGCCGAUUGCUGGUGAAGUAAUGCAUUGUCUAUGUCAAGUAUUUGAUUAUUAUUUGUACUCUAUUCUUAAUCUAUUUGGUCCUAUUCAAAUAUCAAAUUCAUCUGAAUUUCCAGAACGUUUACGGACAACAAUAAAACGUAUCAAUGAACGUUUAAUAACAACUGAUAAUCAUCAAAGUAUUUUAACGGGGGAUCGAUUUUCCCUUCCAUUGCAUGGACCUAUUGAAUUAUUGCAUACAUUAAAUCCUACUGACAAUAAUCCGACAAUCGGAGAUGAUAAUAUUAAUAAACGUGAACACCAAUUAAUACAAAUUUACGUCGUCGCAGUUGAGUCAGUUAUUUUCCUGGCAGACAUUUUAGAGACAGUUCUUCUUCCGCAUUUAACAGCAUGUCUUCCGGAUAAUAAACGUGGUCUAGCACUUGUAUUCCGUGAACAAUCUUUAAUGGCAGCAAGACAAAUCCGCGAACCAUGUGCAAACGAGCUGGCACCACAUUUGCUGAAUAUCAUAAUCGCAAAUAAAAUAUGGCCAAUAGGAUCCAAUACAAAUCAGCAACAACAAACUAUCGACAAAGAAUCGUCUAUUCCAAAUAAUAAUAACAAUACAAGCUCACCAUCUCCAUCAUCAGUACAUAACAACUUAAUUGUAUCAACUUCAGAUUCAAUUGACAUAUUAACUAUGCAUAUAUGUGCAAUGAAUUGGUCAAUUAAAGAAGUGGCUAACACACCAAAUUCAUAUGUUUAUGAUAUAAAUAUUAAUGUAUUUCAUCCUUUAUCAUUAAUUUUACAAAACAUAUCAAAAGAAUUUCAUUUACAAGAUCAUGUAUUUAUGAUUGUUAUUUGGAAAGCAUUAUUAUCUUGUUUGGCAUCACAAUUACUUGAAGCUUUAAGUCGUGUACAACAAUGUUCAGAUGAAGGACGUGGUCAAAUGUUAUUAGACAUACAAACUUUAGCUGUAUACGCUCAAUCCGCUAGUAAAAUACGGUCAUUUCCUAGACUGGAUUAUGUAAUUGAAUAUAUUCAGGCAUUCUACAUACCUAUACACGAAUGGGAACAUUGGUUAACUAACUAUGGGACUAAAUAUUCACGAUCUCAGUUAACUGGACUUGCAUCAUGUCUUUCACGAUCUGAUAAACGUCAAUAUCAACGACUUAUAAACACAAUAAAUCAAAUUUACAAUACAACAAAUCAAACGAAUUCAUUUGGAAAUGGUUUGUUGACCACUACGACGAGUUGA